AUGGACCUGGUGUUUCUGCUGCAUUUAUUCCUGUCCUUCUUGGACAAGUCCUUUUCUCAACAGUCUCCAUAUUUUGACAUUUGCGUCCAAGAGUCUGUGACUGUUCAGGAGGGGCUGUGUGUUUCCAUCCCUUGCUCUUUCAAUGAUUCCACCCAACACACUGAUGACAACCAAACCUAUGUAUACUGGUUCCAGAAGGUAGGCAAGGAAAAACUCGUGGCCACCAAUGACCCCAGAAAGGAUGUUCAAUCCUCGUCUGGAGGCCAAUUCCAGCUCAUUGGGGACCUUCAGAGGAACAACUGCUCCUUGAGCAUUACUGGAGUCACAAAAAAGGAUCAUGGAAAUUACUUGUUCGAGGUGAAAAAAGGAGAACUUUCCUCAUCUAAAAUGCUGUCUGUCCAUGUGGAAGGUGAGUCCCUCCUCAACAGUGUUUUCUUUCUGUUCCCCACAUUCAAAUUUUCUCCUUCAGAUUUGACACAGAAGCCAGAGAUCCUUAUUCCAGACAUUCUAGACUCUGGGUGCCAAGUGACCCUAACCUGUAUAGCUCCUGGAAACUGUAAAGAGGGAACAUCACCUAACUUCCUCUGGACUGGCUCUGCUCUCUCAUCACACGGAUUUGUCUCCCAAAAUCUUCAGUCCCCCAAACUCCUCUUUACCCCCAAAUUACAGGAUAAUGGCACAGAUCUCACCUGUCAGGUGACAUUCCCAGUGGCCAAGGUGACCACCAAGACAACUGUCCAGCUCAGGAUUGCCUAUUCCCUAAGGAUACUUAACCACUCUUGCUUGUGGACAGAGGGAAGAUUAUUCUGCACUUGCUCCAUUUUGGGAAAGCAGACUUCCUCCUUGCUCUGGUGGGUGGGAGAGAGUAUGGUGGAUGGAAACAGCACUGAUGACAUGCUUCAGGUUGCGUACAAUACCUCUGAGAGUCAGAUCAACAGCAGUCUAACCCUGAAACCAGACCCUGGUCUUAGCAUUCGCUGUGAAGGGAGGGACUUGCAUGGGACCCAAAGUGUCAGUGUCCUGCUAUUGAUACCAGGUAAUGCCUCCUCCAGUCCAUGGAACUACUUGAAUUGGCUAAUUAAGGGAGCCCUGUGUGGAAGCAUCAUAAGUGCUCUAUUCUUCACAUGCGUGGCAGUUUGCUUAGUGAAGAUGUUUAGGGGAAAACAGUCUAAGAAAGACUUGAAGACUCCCAGGUCUACCGCCAACACCAAGACAGAAUCUAAUGAUAUCACAUUGGUUGAAUAUGAGAAUUCUGAGAAGUACAGUCCCUCGGAGAAGUUUCCCUCACCUGUGUUGGAUUCCUCCUCACAGAAAGAGAACCUGGUACAAUACGCCUCCCUUACUUUCAAAACCCAGAAGACCCAAGAUAUGGUCAACCCAGAAGCUACCCACACUGAGUAUUCAGAACUCAAAUUCCAUUAAAGAGACUGGAGCAAGGAGAGUGGGACUACUUGGGAUUAGGGUGAAGUUGGAGCGCUGCUUUGAGAAAAAAAGAUGCUGUCAGGAUGAAUCCAUAAGGAGGAAUAUAUUGAGCUUAGCCACUCUGGGGGAGAUGAGAGAGACAGAGACAGAGACAGAGAGGGACAGAGACAGAGAGACAGAGAAUUCAGGAUGUACAUGAAUCAUAACUCAGAGCCAGCCUUGAUUUGUAUUUUGUGUGUUCUCUAGGAUUUCUUCUCUCUCUCUCUCUCUCUCUCUCUCUCUCUUUCACUCUCGCUCUCUCUCUUUUUCUCUCUCUCUCUCUCUCACACACACACAUAUGAAUUUCAAUCAGCUAUCAUCAACUUCUUUUUGAACAUCUCCCCUUGAAUCUUCCACAGGCCCCUCAAGUUCAUCAUGUCCAACUCAGAGUUCAUUAUGCUCUCCCCAUAGUCCACCCUUUUCCUAAACAUACUGAUUUCUUUUAAGGGCUCCAACCUUCAACAACUAGGUUCCAAAUCUUGACAUCUUCAUUUACUCUUCCCUCUCCUUCUACAUGUCAACAACCCAUCCCUCAAUACUACCACCACAUAACCUAAAAGAUGCUAAAUCUGCUCUGUUCCAUCUACUCCACAUGACUCAUAUUUAUUCUUUUCUUUUCACUCACACACUGUCUCAUUAUCUCCUACUUGGCCUCUUACUAUGUCUCUCCCCUUCUGUGCCUCUCCUCCAAUCCCUUCUCUAUACCACUGCCAAAGUGAGAGUCUGACUCUGUUGGCAUAUUACUCAGAUCCUCCAAGGCUUCCUACUGCAACUGGGUUUUCUCGUUCUUAAUGACUUUCAUGUAUUUUUACCAGAUUGGUCUGCUAUCUAUUCUCCUACCAUUUUAAUUUCACAUGAGUAGUCUCAACUGUCUGGGAUCUUUUUCUGCUUCAUUGAAUAGACUUCUAGGCUUCUUUUAAAGCACAGCUCUGAUGCUUCCUUCCUUCCUUCCUUCCUUCCUU